AUGUGUUCUCUUAAAAAACCAAAUAAAAUUCUAGCUACAGCUUUUGGCUUUCAGCUCAGAGGAGGCCAGGUAACUGUCUUCAGUCAUCGCACACCAGCCAACUCCACCAGGCCGCCUAAGCUCGACCCCAGUGAGAUCAAAAUCGUGUACCUGAGGUGCACCGGUGGUGAAGUCGGUGCCACGUCUGCCCUGGCCCCAAAGAUCAGCCCCCUGGGCCUGUCUCCAAAAAAGGAUGGUGAUGACAUCGCCAAGGCGACCAGGGAUUGGAAGAGUUUGAGGAUGACAGUGAAACAGACCAUUCAGAACAGACAGGUGCAGAGUGAAGUGAUUCCUUCUGCCUUUGCCCUGAUUAUCAAAGUCCUUAAGGAACCGCCAGGAGACAGAAAGAAGCAGAAAAACAUUAAGCACAGUGGAAAUAUCAUUUUUGAUGAGAUUGUCAAUAUCGCCCGACAGAUGCGACACCGAUCUUUAGCCAGAGAACUCUCUGGAACCAUUAAAGAGAUCCUGGGGCCUGCCCAAUCUGUGGGCUGCACUGUUGAUGGCCACCACCCUCAUGACAUCAUAGAUGACAUCAACAGUGGUACAGUGGAAUGCCCAGCUAGUUAAAAACUACAAAGGAAAAUAUUUCAAUAGUGGAUCAUUUGAUGACCAGGAAAAAAAAAAAAUUCUGGCUACAAAAAUAAUUCAUGCUCAUUGCAGAAAAAUUAGAAAAUAAAGAGAAAUAUAAAGGAAAAAAAAUAAAUACCAACCCUAAUCCCACUACCUAAAGCCAACAUCUUUACAUUUUGGUGUAUUCCUUAUAAGUUUGUUUUUUUGAUUUGAUUUGUUUUUUUCUGAUUAUUUUUUUCUAUGCAUAUAUGUGUACAUAUUUAACAUAGUUGAGAUCAAAAUGACUAUAAGUUUCAUGCCUUUUUCACUUGGCAGUACAUUAUAAGCUUUUACUCAUCAAAAUUUGCUGUUAUCAUUAAUAUUCCAUCCUAUCCAUCUAUCAUUUAGUUAACCAUGUCCCUGUAGUGGUGACAGAUUUAUAUCACACUUCAACUGGGAAUGUGCAGAAAAACUGUGAUUUCUAUAUUCUUUAGCUAUUCUAGCCUCCUGUACAACGUGCACCCACUUAACAGGGAAAAUUAACCAUGGGUCUAACUAAAAAAUAUUCUAAAAGAAAUAACUUUUUUUUUUGAGAGAAAUAAAGUGGGGGGGGGGCAGAGGGGGAGAAAGAGAAUCUUAAGCAAUCUCACGACCCUGAGAUCAUGACCUGAGCCAAAAUCAAGAGUUGGAUGCUUAACCCACUGAGCCACUCAGGCACCCCUAAGAAAUAAUGUAAACAGCCUGCCUUUAAGGCUUUUUAUUACUACAUGAUUCUAUUUUGCAGGGCUGAAACCUCAGUCUUUCUCUUUGCAAGCCUUCUGUAAUAAAUUCUAAUCCCUGGUCUCUUCUCCUUCUCAUGGAUACUGAAUCCCCCAAGGUCUCAGCAGAAAACACAUGGUUUAUUCGAUGUGUCACUGAAGAGUUUAAUGGGGGGACCAUUUACAAAGGUGCCAGCAAGGCUAAGAUAACAAACAAGAAACCACAAAGCACUCAGGACUAGAGAUGUGGGAGGGCAUUGCUCCUAGUCCCGAAGGAGAAACAGGAAAAGCUCUACCCGCAGGAGAGAGACUGUCCAACGGGAAUUUCGGUGAAGGAUCGCAGCUAUUGGCUCCCUGUGGUCUGGCUGAAAGGGAGCCAGGGGAGUGAUCACUCUGACAUCUCUCCACCUGCCCUCAGAUCUCUUCCCAAGUGCCUCCCAUUAGCUGAACUGAACUGGAAGUCAGAGGAAUAAAUAGCCCACAGGGGUCAGCCUCCCAGCACACAGAGCAGGUUGGAGACGGUGGACAGCAGAUUUGAAGGGGCAGAUGGAGAUAACCACCCCACCUGCUUUGUGCAGAAGAGGGGGAAGGCGAAAGAAACAAGCACAUUAAUAAUUUUCAAAAUGUAUCUAUUUUUGGACUUUUGAAUUUUCAUUUUCGCUUUUAUAAGUAAUGUUUCAGAAGGGGACAUCUCUCAAACUCGAAAUGUUCUAAUGAAAUUAAUAUAUCAUGAAAGGAGGUACAAUGUCUCUCAGAAUCAGAUUGUCCUAGUUAAGUCUCUUUGGAGCUGAGACAGAGCGUCGAGGGCAGGGCUUCCCACCCCCACUCCCAGGGCGGUGAUCUAAAACCUUAUGGGAGGGCGCCUGGGUGGCUCAGUUGGUUAAGCGACUGCCUUCAGCUCAGGUCAUGAUCCUGGAGUCCCGGGAUCGAGUCCCGCAUCGGGCUCCCUGCUCGGCAGGGAGUCUGCUUCUCCCUCUGACCCUUCUGACCCUCCUCCCUCUCAUGCUCUCUGUCUCUCAUUCUCUCUCUCUCAAAUAAAUAAAUAAAAAAUCUUAAAAAUAAAUAAAUAAAUAAAUAAAACCUUAUGGGAAAAAAUAAAUAAAUAAAUAAAUAAAUAAAAAAUAAAACCUUAUGGGAGAGGGUGUGGCUGUGGUUCAGUGGUCAGUAGAGACCGCACACUGGGGCUACACUGGCAGAACCCGCUUGGGAUGUGUUCACUGGAAUUGCUGCUCUACAAAAGGGAGUGGAGAAGAGUGCCAGGGAAAGCUGUGGGCCUUUGGAGGAUGCCAGCCACCAUGCACUGCAGGAACUGAUGCUAAAGACACCAUUGGUACUAAAGGCACCAACUGAUGCUAAAGUCACUUGCCCUGCAGGAGCUGGAUACUGGAGAAGCUGUCCAUGCUGUCUGAGUCAGGUGCCCCGGGGUCACGGGGCUUGCUGAACAGAACACACCUCAAUCAGGAAAGAAAAUUCCUCUUACAAUAUCUCUCCAGGAACUUCUACUGGCAAAGCUUUACAUUUGUCAGCUAGCAAAGAAAAAAUAUUGAGAUGCUCUACUCUCUUUUUGUAGAGUAGACAAUGAAGGCUAAAUAUGGAGCCUAGGGGCAACAGAUUAAUAACUAGCACAAUCCCAAGUCUGUAUGCCCAGAGAAGGGAGGAUGAUUGGUUGAGAUGGUGUCACCCUGCAUUGGUCAGUCACUUCUGCUGAGAAUGGAACCGCAUUCAUAGAAAGAGAAGCAGUGAGCGUGGAAAGGCAGGUGCAAGAAAGCAAACUGGUCACCGAGCAGCCCCUGCUCUCCCAGGAAGAGAAACUAGCAUUUCAGUCACUAGAGAAAUUGUCUGUCCUUUAGAUCAGAGACACUUCACCAAGCUUCACCAUGGCUUGAAAAAUAUUCCUCAAGACUACCCAUUUCCUUUUAUUCAGACAUGCAGCUCACCAAGUAAUCUGAUUUUUCUUACCAUCUACCCCACUAUCAGCUGAGGGACAAAUCUUGGCAGUGGAUACACAUAUUCUGCUGUUUGGAAAGGGAUGUCAUCCACUGUGAUCUAAUAGAUCGGCCUUUGAUGGCUAUAUAAGCCUUGGGUUGGUAUUAGUGAAAGUCUGUCACCAAGACUCUGCUACUAGCUGGUGCACUAAGAGAGCCAGGCUCUGAUCCUGAGAAGCUGAGAACCAGGUUUUGGACUUGGGGGACCAAUCAGGGUGCUCUCCUAAAGGACCUGCAGCCUGCGCGCCAGACAAUUAUUGCUGCCAGCGCAUCCCCCAAGGAAGAACUCUGCAGAAUAUGUAAUUGGGCAUGGAUAAAUAACAUUCUAUAAAUGUCUAACCAACAACCAUUCUGUAGUUGCUGGACUUAACAGGCAUUUUUCAGUCUUUCACUAUUAUAUAUAACAUAAGGAUGAAUAUCUUUGUGAUUAGUAUUUGUGAUUAGUGUUCUUUUUGCUGUUGUUUUGUUUGUUUUUGUAUUUCAAAUGAUUCCUUUAGGAUAGAUGAUCAGAAUUGGAAAUAAAUUGAUGUCAAAUCACAUCUUCCUUUGGGUGUGUGUGUAUGUGGAGGGGAAGCAUGAAUGUUUUAUUAGCUCUUAAGACCUAUUGCCCAAUGAUUUCAGAAAUGUACCAAUUACAGUUCCACUUGAGACCAUUUCAGGACACCCUGAUUCACACAGGGUAUUAUGGUUUAAUGUGUGUGUGUGUGCGCGCAUGCCCACAUACAUAUGAAAUCUUGCUUUCUUUACGUUUCUUUAGUUAAUAUUAAUGUUAGAUAUUCAUGCUCACAAGAGAUAUUCAAUCCUCUUGCCCUCUUCUGGGAGUCAUCUGUUCAGGUCCUUCACAAUUGAGACAAAUUUUAUUUCAAUCUCUGGGGAGUUUCAUGUCCCAGAUUCUUCAUUCUGUCCUCUUUUAGAUGGAGGGGAGCUCUUCUCCCACCUCUAACUCCUUUGGAAAUUCCUUUCUGAAUUCAAGUGUCUUUGGUGUGGGAGGACUGGGCUUGGUGGCCGUGAGCCUUGAUGAGAAGGGACGCAAGUAUAUGGCAGUCUGAAGCCUGUGAAGAAGGUCGAGUUUCAUCCCUGGGUGGAGAGUCUUCAGAGGGAAGGAAUUGGUCUGUAUAUAGUUUUCUCUCCACUUUCCAUUUUUAAAUACCCCAGAGGGACCCUGGGUGUUUUUCUUCUCCUUAUUUGUCUCAAAUUGAGUCUUUAAAUAAACUGUGCUCCUUGUAGGAGCCUAAGACACAUAUUUAGAGGAAAUGUGUCAUUGAAAGUGCUAUUUUGAAGUCAUGUGGUAAAUUAUCAAAACAGGAAUCUCCUCACCCCCUCUGAGCUCCGUGCCUUCUUUGGCUCCGGGGGUUAGAGAAAAACUUUCUUUUCUUUCCUCUCCCAUUCCCUUUGCCUUCUAAAACUGACACAGAGAACAUGGCUUGCCCUGAGAAGCUUGCAGGUGGUGAGCAGAUGGCGAGUAUGAGGCUGUUGUGUGUGUUGAAGUCA